GUUCUUUUUUCUCGCGAUAGUAUCUUUGCCGUCGUGACCACGUCACACAGAUACUGGAUCUGAGGAACAUGGCGGAGCGCAGGAGGCAUAAGAAACGAAUUCAGGAGGUCGGAGAACCCACCAAGGAGGAGAAGGCAGUGGCCAAGUACCUGCGCUUCAACUGCCCAACCAAGUCCACCAAUAUGAUGGGACAUCGAGUGGAUUACUUUGUGGCAUCUAAAGCAGUGGACAGUCUUCUGGACUCCAAGUGGGCCAAAGCAAAGAAAGGGGAAGAGGCUUUGUUCACUACCAGGGAGUCAGUGGUUGACUACUGCAAUAGACUUCUAAAGAAACAGUUCUUCCACCGAGCGCUGAAAGUGAUGAAGAAGAAACCGGAGAAGGAUACCAAGAAGGAAAAGGAGAAAGAAAAAGCUAAAAGUGACAGCGCAAAAGAGGAGGAUAAGAAGGGCAAGAAGGACAAGGAUAAGGAUAAGAAGAAGGAUGCAGAAGCCAUUGACGCAAAAAAGGAAAAGAGUGACGACAGUCCGGGGACGCCCAAGAAGAAAAAGGAUGUGAAGAAGAAGUUCAAGCUGGAGCCGCAUGAUGAUCAGCUGUUCCUGGAUGGGAACGAGGUGUACGUUUGGAUAUAUGACCCAGUACAUUUUAAGACCUUUGCCAUGGGACUGAUAUUAGUGAUCGCGGUGAUCGCGGCCACCCUGUUCCCCCUCUGGCCUGCGGAGAUGCGAGUGGGCGUGUACUACCUGAGUGUGGCAGCUGGAUGCUUCGUCGCUAGCAUACUCCUCCUCGCAGUUGCUCGAUGCAUCUUAUUCCUCAUCAUCUGGGUGGUGACCGGUGGGCGUCACCACUUCUGGUUCCUGCCAAACCUGACGGCGGAUGUGGGCUUCAUCGACUCCUUCCGACCGCUCUACACCCACGAGUACAAGGGCCCGCGGGCCGACGCCAAAAAGGCCAUCGGUGAGAAAGCCAAGCCCGACGCCACCGCCAAGGCGCAGAAAUCCGACAGCGAGGAGAGGUCAGACAGCGAGAAGAAGGAGGACGACGGGGAGGAGGAGGAAGAAGAGGAGGAGGCGAAGGCUGAGGAGGAGGAGGAGGAGGAAGAGGCAGCGACGGCGGCGGCGGCGGCGGCCGAGGGCCCGGACGGGGAGAGGCAAUCUGACUCGGACAGCGACCGCAGAGAGGAUGAGGGGUCACAGCAUAGCAACGGCAACGACUUCGAGAUGAUCACCAGAGAGGAGCUCGAGCAGCACACGGAGGAGGAGGAGGAGGAGGAGGAAGAUGAGGAGGAGGAAGAAGCGGAAGAAGGGGACAGGGAGGAAGGGGAGGGAGAGUGUGAGGAAGAGGAAGAAGACAGUGGAACUAAGCCUGCGCCCAUUAAAACAUAAAAACAAACAUCUAAUGAUAAACUUACGUGGUCCUAAAGGACUGCUACUUCAAGCACUCAGAUUAAAGGGCCACUCAUUUUCGUGCUGGUUGAGAUCUUCCACAAAGAAUACUGAUCAUUCUCCAGGUAGUUUCAACUGAGGACAAAAAAAACAACAACAGCUAUGUCAAAGAAAAAGCCUUACUGUGGUUCUGAUUUUCUCACCUGUUUAAAAAAAAAAAAAAAGAAAAAAGAAAAAAAGAAGAAAGAAAAAACAGACAGUUGUGCUUGUGUAAAGAAUUUAUCCCCCAAGGCUAAUCUCAAUCAUCCGCCCUCCUUCCUUAAACUUAGAUUUUUGGGUUGAUUAAAUGGUUCCCAUUUUACGAAUCUGUUAACCCACUAUAACAAGCCGGUUUUCAAAUCAAAGAUGAUUUGUUGAAAAAGAAAAUGUUCAUCAGUGCUACAAAGUAGUAACGUGUACGCAUGUUUUUUCCUCGGAAGUACUAGUAUGUCCUCGGUGUGUGAGCCACUGUUGUCGUUUUAAUUAAUAAAAGAAGCAGUGUGGCUACUCGGCUGCUGUCCUAGAGGGGCACAGCCCUGCCGAUUUUUCAGCUCGUCACACUGCGGAAACUCUGAUUUGGGAGAUCGGAAUUGUUUUCGGGCUGGGGGGAGGUGGGUUGGAGUUUUUGGGUGGUGAGGGACACUGUGGCCAUCCAGGACCAAGCCUGGGUAGCUCUGGGAAAUGCUGCAUAAUUUUUCCAUGCCAUUGUACUAUAAAGAUAAGGUUUUUGUGGGGGGAAAAAGGCGGAGUGGGGGUAAUAUUACAACAAGGCUAGAAAAAGGCAAAUCAGAAUCCAGGACUGCAGUCACAACUGCAUCCUGGACUGCAAAGUACUCAUAUGUUUGGACCAAAGCCUUUAUGACACUCAAGGUAUGCUUUUAUAAGAACAAGGAUUCUUAUUAAGGAACUUUGUCCCCAUCUGUCCUCCUAGCUAUCUGGAAUCAAGCAGCUGAGCACCGCUGUGUGCGGUUUAUUCCACGUUUGUGUAACGUUGCCGUACGCCGCCUCGUAGACCGUUUCAAUAUUUGUGUGCUUUAAUGUGGCAUAUUUUUCCGUACCGUCUGAAAACUGCAGGUGGAAUUUUCACACGUAUGUGACUAGCAGAGGUGUGUAACCACCUUGUACACACCUUUGGUUGGGCCUGCUGCUUCCAAGAGUGCUUUGAAGAAGCUUAUCGCAGUACAGAUAACCCCAUGUCACUACACUCUAAAACGAUGCAUUCCACAGUCCUGUUGGCGGUAUAGUGAGGUUAAAUGGAUACUACUGCACAGUAGGUGGAUGGUAAUGGCCGUUGAUAAUGGUAUCCGCUCAUUCAAGAGCAAAAACGACUGAGUCUAAAGUCAAAAUGAAGUUUACCUUUGCAGAUGACAAUGAUGGUAAAAAAGCAACAUUUACAAAAUGAAUUAUGAAUGGAAUAUGGCUAUUCAAAUAAGUGCCAAACAGCAAGUUAAUAAAACAUUUUUCUAUAGGACCUUUUAUCAAAUGAGAGCUAGGAAUUUACUAAACUUUUUAAAUUACUAAGUUAAAAAAUGUGGGUUGUCGUUUCUCACCUGCAUCUUCUUGAACCCAAGCUGGACACCCAAGCAACCAGUGUCAUACCUUGUCAAUCAAGGCAACAAGCCUGGUUUAAUUAAUCUGCAUUUAAUAUUCCAGAGUUCCAUGGCUUGUAUUGAGCCCCUGAGUCAGUUCUACAGCUUGGUGUGCUGAUGUGAUUCUCAAAGUUCCACCUCGAGUAAUUGACUGGUUGUGUGGCCUGAUUGGCCGUUCUUGUCAGUUGUAAUGCGUCUUUAUUAACUUGCUGGUGAUUAAACCUUUUGAAACCCAGAGGAUUGGGGGUCCAGUGUAAGUUGUACUAUGUUUGAAUAUUCUCGUAGUAUAUUUUAGGUUUUCUGUCACCAUACUGUGUGUGUGUGUGUGUGUGUGUGUGUGUGUUUUUCUUCUUUUUUUUUACAUAAAUGACCUGUAAAUUUUUUUCCAUGGAUGUAGCAAAGAUAGUCCAUAAUCAUAUUCAGAAAUCAAUACUUAUGUUGAGCUCACUGCCCAGUGUGUGACAGUCUUGCUUUACCAAUAAGCUUACUGUAGGAAGAACAUCACCCCUUGCAACUGUAAAUGUACAAUUGGAUGUAAUACUCCUAUAGAUAUGUUAAGCUUUCACUUCUGUCUGUUAAUCCACUUAAAUGCAUGUAACUAUUUAGUUGGCAAAGUAGCAAUUCAAGAUUCUGCCCACAGGGUACUGUUAUCCAGAAAAAAACAAGAAAAUAUGAAGUAAUCCCCCCCAUCUCUGUGUUAAGUGUUUUUUUGUUUUGUUUUUUUUGUACAACAAAAAUUACAUUUGCAGAUAGACCGAUAUAUAGGAGUGAAAUAUAGGAGUCUUGAAUUUAAUAAUCUCCUUACGCCCCAGUGCCCCACUAUACCACAAUCACUGCGAAGGACUCCAGUGUCUAAAGUUGUCUCCUAAUUUUUCAGAAACCCAGAUAAGUAUGUUGUUGCUGUUGAGGACCAUGCAGUUUCGUAGUUACAAAGGCACAGAUAGCUGUUUUCUAGACUGAGCAUUGCUUCUCUUUAUGAAAUGCAUUUUCUGUGUCACUGUGUUUCUCUUCUGUUACUCUCUCUGAGAGAAUGAUCUGCCAGUGUGCCAGUCUCCGUAUUGUAUAUGUUGGCCGAAUAAUUUCUUAUUGUAGAAAUCUGAAAUUGAGUGUAGUUCAGCAUCAGUACGUUGUAUUGUAGCUUUAUUAUACACUGUGUAUGUAUGUAUACAUAUAUAUAUAUUAUAUACAUGCAUAUGCAUAGGAUGUCUGUAUACAAUAUACACUGUCUAUACAGUAUAUAUACUGUAUACAGUUAUAGUGUAUAUGUGUUAUAUAUAUUCAUAUAUAUACACACACAUGCACACAAAUAUAUGCGUACAGCUUUUGUUUUUUGUUUUUUAAAAAGGAAGACCCCUUAACCUUUGUCCAGUCAAAACUUCUUCAACCACUUAGUUGUCCAUAUUUGGAUUGAUAUCAUUUGAAGAUGGUCUUUGCAGUUACUGGAAUAUAAUUUAUAUAAUUGUCUAUCUUAAAAUAUAUCUGUAUUCUUUCAUUGCAAUAAAGAUAUAGAAAGCAAAUACAA